UUUAAAUAAAACAUUUGGAUCUCAAGUCAAAAUACCAAAUAAAGUGACUUUAAAAUAUAAGGUUGAGUGGUCUGAAUGUUACAGUGUCCCCGUAUUACACAGAGUGCAUCACUACUCCUCCACUUUUUCUUUGCCAAGCCAAAUGCCUCAAACGUAUUGGUUUGUCCAGUUUCCUCUUCACAUGUCUGUAUGGAAAUCUGCCUCCAGCAUCUCGGAGCUCUUCUUCCCUGGACCAGUUAAAACCCUGUGAGAGCAGCUGGGGUUUUUUUUAAAAACAUUUUCUGGGAUAUUUUUUCUCCAAUAAGAUUCUUUAGAACAUUUUUGACCAUUUUGAGAUUAAGCAAACCUUUAAAAACUGAUGCUCUGCACUUAACCAGCUUAUAAACUAUUGUCUGUUGAAUCAGGACAGCAGCAGUUUUCAGCUGUAUUAACAGAAUACACUGUUUCAUUUUGGUUCAGUAUUAAAUGUUAUUGUUUUAUGUGUACUUCAGCAGCCUAUUAAUAUUCAACUACCUGUUAGUUAGGGUUAGGGUUAUCAGUGCUUUAUGCACUGAUAAUGUUCAAACUCCACCCAGCUUCCCUCCCAUUAUUUGCAGUAUAUAAUUCAUUGUCAUCUGCAUCCCUCUCAGUACUGCUACAGCUCCAUUCAGCAUCACAACAGCAGCAUAAACAUGUCGACCAAGGUUGCAGUGGUUACUGGCAGUAACAAAGGCAUCGGUCUGGCCAUCGUCCGAGCGCUCUGCAAGCAGUUCGAUGGAGACGUUUACAUCACUGCCAGAGAUGUCGGUCGGGGUGAGGAAGCAGUGAAGACUCUGAACUCAGAGGGACUGAAACCCAAGUUCCACCAGCUGGACAUCAAUGACCUGAACAGCAUUAAAACUGCUGCUGCCUUCUUUAAAGGGAAGUAUGGAGGAGUGGACAUUCUCAUCAAUAAUGCUGGAACAGCAUUCAAAGCGUCAGACCCAACUCCCUUUGGUGUCCAGGCAGAGGUGAUCCUGACGACAAACUUUUUUGGAACUAGAGACAUGUCGACACAUUUCCUGCCAAUGAUCAGAGCUGGAGGUCGUGUGGUGAAUAUCUCCAGCAUGCUUAGCGUCACUGGUUUGAAACAGUGCAGCCCAGAACUCCAGCAGCGUUUCCGCAGCGAGGACAUCACAGAGGAUGAGCUGGUGGGACUGAUGAGAAGAUUCCUCGAUGAUGCCAAGAAAGGCGAACACAAGCAACAUGGUUGGCCUGAUAUGGCAUAUUCAGUGUCUAAGAUUGGAGUGACGGUGCUGUCCAUGAUUCAUGCUCGCCGUCUGUCUAAGGAGAGACCAAAUGAUGGGAUCCUGGUGAAUGCCUGCUGUCCAGGAUGGGUGCGCACUGACCUCACUUCACCAGAUGCUCCCAAGUCACCAGAGGAGGGCGCCAUCACUCCUGUUUACCUGGCCCUGUUGCCUCCCAGAACCAAGGAGCCUCAGGGAAAGUUUCUCUCAGACAAGGAAGUCCAGCCGUGGUGAAAGAGAGUUUAGUGUGUGAUUCCAGAUGAAGAAUUAUUUGCAAGACAUUUAAGAUUUAAGAAAAGUGAUGUUCCAGGCAUCAAAUACACAAACCAUAGCUGUUAUCAUGCUAAUUUGCAAUUUUAAAGUGCAUCAAACAGACUGAUUUUGUUCCGGUGAUGUGGUAUAUGCUUGUUUGUGUAUUUUGGGAUAAAAUAAUCCGUGUUAAAGUGACAGUGUUCAUGAUGACUACUCAAUUUGUGGCCUGUUUCUAAAACUGUAUGCCUUCUUUUUGAUGUGCAACGCAAACUUGCUUUAACUGAAAUCAAAGAAAAUAAAGUGCUUUUAAUUAAGACUCAUUAAUAGCAAUAAAUCUGCAUUGUAAAUGUAUUUUUCUAAUAUAAAAUCAUCCGUACUAUAAUAGAUCAUUAUUAAAAAAGUGAUGAGGCUGGGGUUUCAGAAGUAAUACAGCAGCUGCAUUUGGCACCAUGAGACAGUUUUUAGAGCAUCUUGUCAAGUCACAGUUGCUUUUGCCUGUUCGGUAUUUGUACCACAGGGUUCAAGGUGUCUCUAAAUUAAACCGCUACUUAAAAACAUACAGCUGUCCAACCUUCCUCUCAUUUGUACAAUUCUUGAAAGAGUAGUUAUCAAACACCUAACUGAUCAUUUGUAGGGGAAUGGUCUAUUUGAAGAGUUUCAUCAUAGCACAGAAACAGCACCAGUGAAGGUUGAGAAUGACCCCGUGACCUCUGACAGUUGUCCUGUUAGAUCUCAAUGCACCAUUUGAUACUUUUGACCUUUAUGUUGUACUUCAGAGAUUAAAACACACCACUGGUAUGUAAAGAAACUGCAGUGCACUCGUUCGAAUCAUAUAUAUUAAUGAGAGUACAG